GGAACAUUUCUCAGAAUGCGUGAAUGUAUCUCGAUCCAUGUCGGCCAAGCCGGAGUCCAGAUAGGCAAUUCCUGCUGGGAGCUGUACUGCCUGGAGCACGGCAUCCAGCCCGAUGGCCAAAUGCCCUCAGACGCCUCCCUCGGUGGUCGAAGUGGUCAUGGACAUGGUGGUGGUGAUGACUCCUUCAAUACCUUCUUCAGUGAGACUGGAGCUGGCAAGCACGUUCCCCGCUGCGUCUUCGUCGAUCUCGAACCAACUGUCAUAGAUGAGGUUCGUACCGGUACCUACCGUCAGCUCUUCCACCCUGAGCAGCUGAUCACUGGCAAGGAGGAUGCUGCCAACAACUACGCCCGUGGGCACUACACCGUCGGCAAAGAACAGAUUGACAUCGUUAUCGAUAGAAUCCGCAAGCUGGCUGACCAAUGCACAGGUCUCCAAGGAUUUCUCAUCUUCCACAGCUUCGGUGGCGGCACUGGCUCUGGCUUCACCUCCCUGCUCAUGGAGCGUCUUUCUGUCGAUUACGGAAAGAAGUCCAAGCUUGAGUUCUCCAUCUAUCCGGCACCCCAGAUAGCCACUGCCGUAGUCGAGCCCUAUAAUGCCAUUUUGACAACCCACACCACCCUGGAGCACUCCGACUGUGCCUUCAUGGUCGACAACGAAGCCAUCUACGAUAUCUGCCGUCGCAACCUUGACAUCGAGCGUCCCAGCUACACCAACCUCAACAGACUUAUCUCUCAAGUCGUCUCCUCCAUCACCGCUUCUCUGCGAUUCGACGGCGCCCUCAAUGUCGAUUUGACCGAGUUCCAGACCAACUUAGUGCCUUAUCCUCGAAUCCAUUUUCCCCUGGCUACCUAUUCACCCGUAGUCUCAGCUGAAAGGGCCUUCCACGAGCAGUUGACCGUUGCUGAGAUCACCAACGCCUGCUUCGAGCCCUCCAAUCAGAUGGUGAAGUGCGAUCCCCGUCAUGGCAAGUACAUGGCUUGUUGUCUUCUAUUCAGAGGUGAUGUCGUCCCCAAGGAUGUCAACGCCGCCAUUGCUACCAUCAAGACCAAGCGUUCCAUCCAGUUCGUCGACUGGUGUCCAACUGGCUUCAAGGUCGGUAUCAACUACCAACCACCCACCGUCGUCCCUGGUGGUGAUCUUGCUAAGGUUCAGCGUGCCGUCUGCAUGUUGAGCAACACCACCGCAGUCGCUGAGGCCUGGGCCCGUCUCGACCACAAGUUCGAUCUGAUGUACGCCAAGCGUGCUUUCGUCCAUUGGUACGUCGGAGAAGGUAUGGAGGAAGGAGAGUUCUCCGAGGCUCGUGAGGAUAUGGCUGCACUGGAGAAGGACUACGAAGAAGUUGGCAUGGAUUCUGUAGAUCCCGCAGACGAAGAAGAGCAGGAUGAAUAUUGAAAUAAUGGGACAGGGAGCACUA